AUGCCUAUGGAACUGCGCAAGCGCAAGGAGGCUCCCGCGCCUCCGCCCGCCCCGGCGCGCAAGAAGACCACCAAGACGACCAAGGCGGCCAGCACGGCCACCAAGGUCAAGGAGGCCGUCAAAGAGAAGGUUGCCGCCGCCGUCGCCAGCACCAAUGGCUCGUCCGACACUGCCAAGCCUGCCGUCGGCGACACCAUCAACCUUGACGGCUUCUGCGGCGAGAUCGAGACCCACGACGGCACCAAGACCACCCUCAAGGCGCUGGUCGACGAGAGCGAGGCCGGCGUGGUGCUGUUCACCUACCCCAAGGCCUCCACUCCAGGCUGA